AUGUUCUAUGAUGAGAGUGUUCUCCUAACAAUUGCAUCUGCCAUAAGGAAACCAAUCAAGGUGGACCUUAAUACUCUGAACAUGACACGGGGCAGGUUUGCACGGGUCUGUGUAGAGAUAAACCUCAAUGAACCAGUUGUAGGGAGGUUCUUCCUCAAUGGUGUUUGGUAUAACGUGGAGUGUGAGGGUUUACAUUUGAUGUGCUCGUCGUGUGGAUGCUAUGGAAAUGUUCUGCGAAACUGUCUAAAGGUAGCUAGGCCUGAGGCAACGGCACACGACGUGGGAGAGAAGGAGGCGGUGGAGCAGCCGUCAGGGGACACACCGCAGAGUGCAGAUUCUGCUGCCCAACCAGGAAAAAAUAGGAAGCAGAAUAUUGGGAAACCGUGGAGCAAGGGUAAAUAUUCUCUUCAUAAUGGGAUUGCGGACAGCAAGGAGAAGAAUCAGGCUAUCCCGAAUUAUCCUACGAGGGGCAUUCAAUUUCAGGGUGAAUCACGUGAGGGUUUUAAUAACCCACGUGAGGUGCUCGUAACCACUAUUCCACGUGAACAGAGACAUGCACAAGACGUAUGCAGUACCGACGUGGGCCACGGGAAGACCAUGAAUGAAACUGCAACGGGACCCAAUAAGGAAAAUAAAAAACGUAGCAGAGUGGAGACCCUUGGUGCUCGUCCACGACCCAUGCUAGUUGGUGGGAAUACGUUGUCCGAGCAUGCAAGUUCCCCUCUCGGUGACCCACGAGAUGCGCAUGAUGGAGUGACCCUUGGUGCUCGUCCACGGCCCAUGCUAGCUGGCGGGAAUACGUUGGUUGCGCAUGCAGGUUCCUCUCUCGGUGAUCCACGUGAUGCGCAAGAUGGAGUGAUAGGGGACGUGGAUAGGAGGUUGCCAUCCAAUGUGACCCAAACCGGUUGCAUGACCCAAGUAGUUCAUGAGUUAAAGGAUAGUGGACAAGUGAUACCGGGGACGGAGGAUUUUAUGCAGUUUGACCCGCCAUUGGAAGAGGAGGACAUGCUGGCGUGA